AAUGUUCAAACACGUGCUAGCCAAUUUUCUCACUUCAAAUCUAAAUGUUGCUUGAACUCUUUAAAAAUGUCAAUAAAUGUGGUUGAUUUGUCAAAAUUUGUGUAUUUUUGAAGAACCUGACAUGAGUGCGGUAUUAAAAGUGAAGAGUGCGCAACUCGCUUCAAACAGCAAAUUACGUGGACUUGGGGUCUCAAGGUCUAAAUGGUAGUCAAUAUAUGAGUGAUGAAGGGUUUAGGCCUCACCACGACAUCAAUAAUGGAAGCUAGUAUCUUCCUACUUUUUUUCCUAUUGUCUUUCUACUCUAAUAUACACAACAUUUCUGCUACAAUAGAUGCAAUCACUACAAAUCAAUACAUCAUAGAUGGUGAAACUGUUGUUUCGUCUGGUGGAACCUUUGAGCUGGGAUUUUUCAGUCCCAGCGGUACCACAAAACGAUAUAUUGGGAUAUGGUACAAACAAAUUCUUCUUCAUGUGCAAACAGUUGUAUGGGUUGCCAACAGAGAAAAACCACUAACAAAUACAUCUUCUGCUGUUUUGAAGGUCAUCAAACCAGGGAUACUUGUUCUUUAUAGUGACAAGAAUGAAAUUAUAUGGUCCACUAAUACCUCGAGAUCAGUCCAAAAUCCUGUUGCAGUUCUUUUAGAUUCUGGCAAUCUUGUUGUCAAAGAUACAAAUGAUGAAAAUCCAGAAAAUUUCCUCUGGCAGAGCUUCAGUUUUCCUACUGAUACACUCUUACCUGGUAUGAAGCUUGGCAAGAAUUUUAAAACUGGCCAUGAGAAUUACCUUUCGGAAUGGAAGAACCAUAAUGAUCCAACUCCAGGGGAUUUCACUCUUCACGUUGAAGUGGCUCCAUAUCCACAGGGCGUCAUCAGGCGUGACACAAGUGUAUCUGCUCGGCUAACACAAAGAGUUGGGAAUAACAACAUUCAUAAAAUUCAUUCUGUUUUCAAUAAGGAUGAGGUUUACUAUAGUUUUUCUCUCAUUAACAUCUCGGUUUUAUCAAGACUAGUCCUGACUAGUAAUGGUUAUCUACAACGAUUGACGUGGGUGGAU